AAAUAUGACUUCUUCCGUGAUGUUUUAACGAAAGGGUAUAUAUGGACGGGGCCUAAACUUAUAUUGUGAGAGUGCGAAGAUCGAGGUUAGGGUUCCUUCCCACCUUGAAUUCGGACGGUAGAAGAAAAGCCCCAAGUUCAUCAUCCUUCUCAAAAAAAAGGAACGCGGGGCACGGAUCAACCAAAUCCUGCAACGCUCCCGCGAAAAAAAAAAAAAGAUUGCGGCUCUGAAGAUCAACAACUACCCCGCCAUUCCUCUCCAAAAUCCUAAAUUUACUAGACCACCUACCUCGGACUAAUCAUCUCCCCCCGCUCCUCGCCCUCCAAGCGGUUAAAAAAAAAUGCCAGCAAACACAAGCGCAGAUCACCCAGAAGGCCUUGAAGAAGCCACGAUAAUCAACCCAGACGAAGCCGAAGAGGUUGUCGAGGACGCGGACGGCGAUGUACCCAUGGACUCGGAUAGUGAUGGCGACGAGCCAAUGGAAGUGAACCUGGUAAACGACGCAAAGGCCUACUUCGACAAGCACGGCGAGUCCGUAUUCUCCAUCGCCGCGCACCCAACCGAUAAAUCCAUAUUCCUCACCGGCGGUGGCGACGACUUAGCGUACAUAUGGACACCGGACCAGGUUCCUACCGACCCCGAAGAAGCCAAGAUAACCCCACGGGAGGGGAAAGUUAUCGCCCGCCUGACAGGGCAUAAAGACUCAGUCUCCGCUGCGGCGUUCCUAGGACAAGCUGGUCAAUUCGCUGUGACGGGAGGACUGGACGGGAGACUACAAGUCUACGACGCCGCGCAGAAUUGGAGAACGGUGGACGAGGUGCAGGAGAUAGAGGAGGUGAAUUGGAUAUCCGCCCAUCCGAGCGAGGUUGGCUUUGCGUUGGGCGCGAAUGACGGCUCUGUGUGGGUCUACUCCGUCGAUCCCGGUGCGGGGAAACUCACGAUUAAGCAAGUGUUCACUUCGCAUACGGCGUCGUGCACUGCGGGUGUUUGGGCUUCGGAUGGGAAGCUGCUAGUAACGGUGUCUGAAGAUGGGAGUUUCUACGCUUGGGAUGUGGAUGCUGGGAGGUCUGUUGUUGCGCUGACGGCGGCGGAUCAGCGGUUUGCGGUUGAGGGGGGACUCUACUCUGUCGCUCUGAGCCCCUCCGGCUCUGUCGCUGUUGUUGGCGGGGCGACGGGGGAAAUGCGUGUUGUUGGAAUGCCCACUUCACAAGCUGCCGCGGGGGCACGCAGGACCGCUGGAAGACCGCAGGCCGGGGGUGGAGGAUCAACUGGUGGUGGACAGGCAGGCCAGAUCCUCGCAGCAUUGCACACACACACUGAGAGCGUCGAGUCACUCAGUUUCCAUCCUACGCAGCCACUACUAGCCUCCGGAGGAGUGGACGGCAGGAUCGUUAUCUACGACGCCGGCCGCGGAUACCCGGUUCGGAAAACCUUCGGCGGGGAAGGCGGCCACUAUGAAGCCGUUGUCAAAGUAGAGUUCGCAAAGAUAGAUGGGUGGAUCUUGACCAGCUGCGGUGUCGACGGCACAGUGCGGCGGUGGGAUGUCCGCGCUGGGACUGAAUUGUCAUGCUGGAAGGGUCACCUUGGUGGGAAUGCUGCGGAGGGCGAAGCUGGUGUAUUGGGAUUUGUACAGACUCCGGAGAGGAUUGUUACGGCUGGUGAUGAUGGUGUCGCCUUAGUCUUUGAGGGGGUGGGUGGUGGGGGGAUUGUAGCUCCUACGAUUGCUGGUGCAGCUUUAGGGUAAGGGCAUGUAAUCUAAUUCAAAUGUAAAAUAAACGCCACAUUAGACCUUGA